AUGGGAGCUCAUAUGUCAAGUCUUAUAAAAGAAAAACAUCUGGAUGUUUAUGUAUCUUCACAUAUACCAAAAUCAUCCAAUCCUUCAACUCACGAUGCAUCAAGUAAACCUGCUUUACAACCACUAUUACUUUGGAUGGAUUCACCUGAAAAUGUUCGAAAAGAAACUGAUGAAAUUAAAAAACGUCAUCCAACAUUAGAAAUAAUCUUUAAAUCAACAUAUAAAGAUGCUGAAGAAUAUUUGCAGCAGAAUUCACGCGAUACCGAAGAACGAGAAAAAUUUAUUACUAUAUGUCGCGGUUAUUUUGCACAAGAAAAAAAAGGUUUUACUCAUGUUGCUCAACUUUUUGAGAAUCUUCAUCUUGGAACAAAACCGCUUGCAGUUUAUACUAGAAAUACAAACGAUUUAUUAAAACGCACACCAGAUCCUCCGAGAAAUGUUGCUAUUUUUGAUAAACAAAAUCUUUUAUUUGAUUUUAUUAAAGGUCAUUUACAAUAA